GACUCUCCUUCGCGACAGCAUGCACCGACGCCUCCCCCAGCUAUAAUCCAUCCAUGUCCGAGCCAGACGAAUACGACGCGUACUUUGUUCCCCUCAAUCUCAACGACGAGGACUUAGACGCCAUAGACGCUGCCGAAUCGAGGGCACGGCCUCACAGCAAUUCAACGACACAGGACGACUUAUCACACACUCCGCCGUCCCCAGAUGAAUUCGACGCGUACGAUCUGUCUGAGUUUUCCGCCGCGGACUUGGCAGAGAUCGACGAGCUCGUCGACCGACUGCAUGGUCACUCGCCGCUGCCUCCGAUACGUGAGGUGCAUGACGAGCACGAGCGGCCGUCCGCCUCUGGAAGCGGGAGUCCACGGGACAGAAGCAGUCCUAGAAGAGGGGGCGGAGACGUCCCGAAUGGAGGUCCUGCCAUUGAAAUUGCCCUGGAGAGCGCUGGGAAGGCUGACCCCUCUCGUCGUCUGAAGGACUCGUGGAUCAAGCACACAAAGCGCAGCCCAUAUGAACAGUUCCGGAAGUGGAAUCGACUCCUGACGGUGACCGACAUCGCUGGCCCUUCUUGGUGUGAAGUCCAGUUCGACUACGGUCUGCGCCAACGACGAAAUAGGAAGCUCUCAGAUCGACCGGCGUCCUUCACGACCGCGGAAGGGAAGACCAUUACAGUGGCACACCAAGUCGCUGUAGCUAAUAACCUGACUGUGACCCGUGGAAGAUCCGUACACAAGGUCCUCGAACGGGAAAUUCAGCAGGAGCCAGUACAGAUUGAGAUCAAGACUAACGAGGAACGAUGGGCGUUACGUAUCGUUAACAUGCUAACUGCCGUGCAAACCCUAAUGGGACUAGGUAAAUGUCGAGAGAUGCCGGUCUUCGGCUUCGUGCACGGCCAGAUUAUUACUGGCAUUAUCGACGAAGUUGUCCGUCUUCCACUACCCGCGUCGCCUCCGCGUGAAGAGCAGGAGCAGAAGAUGGGCUCAACGAGCCCGAAUAAGCGACCGGCGCCUCGAACGGCCCCUUCCACUCCUGCGAAACCCAGUUCUAAGAAGCAGCACAAAGAGCCUACGUCAGACCAGCCUCAGAUUACGGCGUACUUCUCUUCAACGAAGUCUCAAGGCUCCACCGCUGAAACGGCCAUAGACGUUGAUAUGGAGGAGCCCACUACACCAGCUCACUCGCAGGCACCUCUUCAUGGUGCUCCUGGCAGUACACCGCCAUCACAGCUACCUCGCUACAGCUUACAUCUAUCGGAUACGAAGACGCGCAUACGCCCCACUCUUCCACCCGAAGAAGACACUUUCGCGUCUCGCAUUCAACUCAUGCUUUACAACCGCCUCCUGAGCGGCCUUCUAGCGACCGCCCGUCCAGACAAUCCCUCCUCUCAGCCGUUCGACUUCGACGCCCUAUGGCGUCAGGUAGAAGUCGACCCGACUCGCAGAUUCUCCGACUCAUUCCUGAUCCAGGCUGGUCUGUCCGAGUCGCAGACGGAAACCCAGGAUAGCACUUCGACAGAGAGCAUUUUCGACUCGUCUGAGAUCCACUGCCUCAACGACCUCACUCGGGCGUGGCGCCAUGCCGUCGAAGCCCUCAACGUGGCCGGGGUCGACAAGACGCUUACCAUCGUUUACCGCGCCCAGCCUAGAACAAAGGGGCGCCCAUCAGCGAACGGCAAGAAGGCUCACGAAACGAAUAGGGACUCAUCCGAGUCCGCGCCCUCACCUUUGUCUUCUUCGGCGCUCUCUGUGUCCGAACAGGAGGCGCAGGACCUUGCGGCGGCAAUCCAGGCGAGCAUCAGCGACGUGCAGCCGGGACUGGGCGGAGAUGACGAGCUUGCGCGUGCGAUUUAUGAGAGUCUCGAGGACGCGAUCCGCUCGGGGCGGGUGGCGGAGGGCGAGCUCGGCGUCCUGACGAAUCCAUUUGGGCCGCCCAUCUCUGAGACAUCGCCUACGCUGGAAGGAGCGUCGAGGAUGGGCGGGGCGGCAGGGGUGGAGGGUCUCAGUGAUGAGUUUCAGCUUGCAUGGGCGCUGCAGGAGUCGCUCCUUGCGAAGUUGGAGGAGACACCUGUGCUAAAGGAAGCUAUCUCCCACUCAGCGGCUUCUGGUGUUGAUGCCCCGGUCGCCAGCGAGAAAGAAGCGGAGGAAGAAGAUCCGUCUGGGGUGGCAUUGGGCAAGCUGGUCCAGCGUGCUGCGACAGAGGAAAUUGAAGGGGCUGCAGAAAGCGCACCUUCCGUUACCGGCGUGGAGGAAGACGAGGACGAAGUCAUGAUCACUGCGGCCGACCUAGAGACCGAAGCUUGGAUCAUCGGGACGAAGGAGUUCGAGGUGGACGACGCCCUGCUAAAUGACUACCUCGAGCGUGUGCUGGCGUGGUGGUAUGGGGAAAGACCUCCGCAGGGGGUCGACGUCGGGCUUACCCGACGUUGCGUGACCUGCGAGUAUAGGGAUGGCUGCGAGUGGAGGGAGAAGAAGGCGAAUGAGGCGCUACAGAAGUUUAGGGACCGUAGUGGUACCCCACUGACUGGUCCAUCAGCGCCGCGGUGGUGACCUCAAGGGGGACUUUUGACCGCCUCAUGGUUUUCUAUGUCAUCGCUGCAUCUCAGCUGUCAUUGCUUUGCUUUCUCAUUCUCACUCGUGCACAGGGAGACAUAUUUUCGUGUCAUCUUGAUUUCUGCAGGGUCGUGCCAGCUGCUGUCGUACAUGGUACAUACCACUCGAUCACAAUCCUACCCAGAAGUCCCGGGAGGUUCAAGGAGAAAUGAAAGAUGGUAGCAGAAUAAGCCAUGGGCAGUCAGCCACUACUUCCAUGGACCUCUGGGUGCCCCGCCGAAAUGUUUUGAUCAACACACAAAAGCACUCUCGAUCUCAGAGGUCGACGUCUCGCCAGAUGCAGUCCAGUGCAUUGAUUGAUCAAGAUGGACGGUUCUGUUCCGGGCCUUCCAA